AUGUCAUUACUCACCCUGGAGAUACGACGAACCCCAUUCAGCAACCAGACGGCUGAACGAGAAAGUAUAUCUCCCACUAUUUCCCAGGCUAGCAAGAUGGCUCCUCCCGAAGCCCCCAAUGUGGACUCCAUAGAUCUGAUUGCCAGCGACAUGAAGGAGCUUGUUCGGAAGAUCCAGGACCUACGCCACCUCGGAAUUGAGGACAAGAUGAUUGUGCUACCCAAAAUCUGCGUCAUUGGUGACCAGAGUGCCGGUAAGAGCUCUUUGAUCGAGGGAAUGAGCGAGAUCAAGGUGCCACGAAGCGCGGGGACAUGCACCAGAUGUCCAAUGGAGAUCAAUCUCUGUGAAGGGGAACCUGAUCAGCCAUGGACUUGCAAGGUCUUCUUGUCGCGGAAGUACAUGUAUGAUGCCUCUAAGAAGGGCGGUAAAUUUUCGAAGAAGUCCCAGCCUCUCGGACCUUGGCUGGAGCAAGAACAACAAGAAGAUGAGCUUUUUACAACACUGACAGACAAGCUCGCCCUCGUCGAAGUGAUUAGAUGGGCGCAGCUCGCCAUUUUAAACCCAGGCAGACCUUCCAGCGAGUAUUUGCCCGGGCAAAACAGUGAAACAGAUCCUGAUUACUGUCAAGUAAAAUUCUCACCCAACGUCGUGCGCUUAGAUAUUGCUGCACCGGGAUUUCCUGACUUGUCAUUCUAUGAUUUGCCCGGUGUCAUAAGCCAAGCCGAACAGGAAGGAGAACGCUAUCUUGUUCAUCUGGUCGAGAACCUUGUCAAGCACUACAUUUUGCAGAAGCACUGUAUUGUCUUGCUGACGUUGCCAAUGACGAAUGAUGCCACGAAUUCAAGCGCUGCAAGGAUCGUGCAAACCACCUCUGGAGCAAACGCAAGGGCAAUGGGUGUUCUGACAAAGCCCGAUCGCAUUCAGACAGGAGAAUCUUAUGCCCAAUGGAUUGAAAUACUCGAAGGAGACAAGUUCUCGCUUGGCCACGGGUACUUUGUUGUUCGUAACAAUCCUGACCCCGCGGUCGAGCACUCCGUCGCUCGAGAAGAGGAAGAAGCCUUCUUCGCGGGAGAGCCCUGGGCCACUGAUCUGGCUCUUUAUCGAGACAAGUUCGGGACCCGAAAUUUACAGGCGACACUCUCCUCGCUGCUUCUUGAGCAGAUUCAAGGAUGCCUACCGGAUUUUAUUAAGGAGAUCAACGCCAAAGCAGAUAGGAUUGAGGCAGAGCUCCGGACUCUCCCAGACCCGCCCUCUGCGAAUGUUCCAUAUAUUAUUUGUGGGAAGUUGAACCAGCUGAAGGAGCAAAUUCGCGCUCAUAUUGAUGGUGGGUCAGCAAAUUAUCCCAUGCAGAAGAUCUGGUCGCAUAUUGCCAUGGAUUUCAAGCGAGCUCUGAUCAAGACCCGGCCCACUGUGAGCUUGCUCUCUCCAAGUGAUAGGUUCCCUGGCCCGACGGACCGCGAUGCAGAGGGGAGCGAUUCGGACUGUGAGAUGACAACGGUCCCACAGCCAGUCAAACGCAAGUCACCAUGUGAGCUUGGAAGUACUUCAGUCGCGCCAGAAGGGAGACAACAUCCAAAUUCAGCAACAAACGGGGUCAGAAAUGGUUUUUACUCGACAGAACAAUUCGACAAGUUCAACGCUCCCGCCCUGAUGUUUACAUGGGAGAUGAUUCGCGGAAUAAAUGAGGAUUCGUAUCGAGCUGGACUGCCGGAUCAGACGGACCCGAAAGCCAUUGAGAUCAUGAACCAGAUGAGUGUAAAGCACUGGUACGACCCACUGUCAGUGUUUCUGGUUGCCACCUAUCGCCUUGUCCGGGACAUGCUGCACAGGCAGCUAGAUGAAGUCUUUCUGCAAUAUCAUCAGACGGGUCUCUAUCGAGAACUCAAGCGAAUCAUUGAGAGCUUUUUGUAUAAGCUACGAGCUGCUCAUUUCGAGCAUGCGCAGGAAAACUUCAACAUUGAGUAUAACAAACCAUUCACAAUGGCACUUUCGGCAUUGGACCAGUCAAUCAAGUCUGCUCACAGCUUUCUUGCAGAAAGGCGUCGGCUCGCCCGCGCUGGGUCUUAUCUUGACUCUCAGGGAAAGUACCCUAAAGGAGACGCCCGACGGGAAGCUGAGCUUCGAAAGCUUACAGAUGCCGAGCUGGGGCGCGACCAGUUCUCGCAGGAGCUGACCAUGAUGGCGACGAGUCGCGGGUACUACGACUUGGCGAGUUCGCGGUUCGUUGAUUCAAUAUGCCAGAGCGUACACACUAAAUUGUUCGCAAAAUGCCGUGACGAUCUCAUCAAGGAGAUCGAAAGAGAGCUUUGUAUCUUCGAUGAAAACGCACUGGAACGUUGCCUAGAGCUGAUGGAGGAGGACCCCGACCGCCAGAGACGCCGGCAAUUCCUUCUCAGAGAAAAGGAGCGAAUCGAUAAAGCCCAGGAGUGGCUAAAGCUAGCGAGGAAAGAGGAUGACCAGGAAGACCAAUUCGAGAAUGUGAGGAUUAAAUCCCAGCCUCCCGACGAUUGGACUACUUGA